AUGCUCCCACCUCCGACUCUGAGCUUUACUAUUCCUUCCGUACACGAUGAUCUGGUACUUUCAUGCCGAAUAUACCAUCCACCAUGCCUCUCUCCGGAAAACCUCUCCCAGCUCGAGAGUUGGGAUAAAAAGGCAGCCAUAAUUGCCCACCCAUAUGCGCCUCUGGGUGGUAGUUACGACGAUCCAGUGGUCGACUUGAUCGGGUCCACUAUCCUCAAAGCUGGCUUCUGUGUUGGCACUUUCAAUUUCAGGGGUGCGGGUCAAUCCCAAGCACGUACUUCUUGGCGGUCACUGGCGGAAUACAAUGAUUACAUCUCCUUUAUUGGUUUUAUGGCAUAUUAUAUUCAUCUUCUCGCGCUGCCAGUCACAAACGUCUCACCCAUGAGUCAACCCAAGUUUACCGAAUCCGAGCCCGAAUUGCACAACCUAACUCCCGUUCCCUCACAAUCAGUAGCUCCUCCCCACGUCGACAGAUUUAGAAGUCCAACUAUGAACCCUGAUGGCUUGUCAAGUGCAGGCUUGGAGGCUAAAACCAGCGAUACUCGACCAGUCUUCUUAAUGGGGGGUUAUUCGUAUGGUGCAAUGAUAACAUCAUGUUUACCUGCCAUACUUAGCUCGAUUCUAGAACCAUUCCAAAGUCCUGCUACUGGCUCAGCCUAUGCCGAAAUUCGGAUGCGAGCAGAAAGUCUCGCUAUGCAACAGAGCGAAGCAAUAAGCGUUCAAUUGUCGUUGUUCCACGCCCAGCACCAUCGUGGUCGCAGUCUACAACCAAACGAUCUUCUUUGUAGUCCAACGUCUCGCAAGGCUAGCGGUGGAAUGCGCACUGGCGGCACUGAAGGAAUACGGAGAGCCAGUCACGACUCGCACCGCUCGAGGAAUUCGUUCUCAAUCGAGACACAAGAGAGAGUUAGAAAAAGCGUAGAUCGAGUUCGAUCUCUGACGAAACAAACAAGGCACCAACCUCGUAGGGCUAACAGUGACGCCUCCUGGGCAUCCUCUUGGAAGAGUGGUGAACUCGGGAAAUCAAAUCAUUCGUUAGAGAAAAUAUUAACGGAUAACGACAUUGGAUUAUCGUCUGAAAAUAAUAUCAACCCGAUAAUCGGGCUGGGAGAUAGAUUCAGAACCGCCUACCUCCUAGUCUCUCCCCUUCAAGGAUUUGUAGGGGGGUUACUCACGCUCUGGAGUUUUAGACCAAACAAAGGGCUUCCUGACCCAGAAUUCAAGUUCGGCGUGGAGCCAACAUUGGCCCUAUUUGCUGAUGAUGAUGCUUUCGUGGCGGUAAAAAAGUUACGAACUUGGGCCCAACGAUUCCAGGUGGAAGGGGUCGACAAGUUCAGGUACAGAGAGGUUAAGGGCGCAGGUCAUUUUUGGCACGAUAGAGAUUGUCAAAGGAUUUUGAGGGAUGAGAUCAAGGCGUUUGUCACGGCCUUGUGA